ACUUUUAAAUCGAACGCGCGAGCGGGACAUCUGGUUUUGUAUAUGCGGAAACGGUGAAUAACCUAAUCUAUAUUUUAGAACUAUGAGUGAUAACAAAAGACUGUCCUUCAGUCCGAUAAAUGCCGAGCUCCUCCGUGAUGACAAAGAACCGUUGCGAGAAGCAGAUUUAUCUACCAAAGAUAUGGUGUGGGUCCCUCAUGAGCGAGAGGCCUUUGUCGCAGCUAUUAAGCUCCAAGAACAAGGAGAAAACUGUGUAGUACAAAUCGUGGAAUCGGGAAAGAAAUGUACUUUUCCGAAGGAUUAUGUUCAGAGAAUGAACCCCCCAAAGUACGACAAGAUAAAGGAUAUGGCAAAUCUCUCGUUUAUGAAUGAGGCAUCAGUUUUGAAUAAUUUGAAAACGAGAUAUUACUCAGGAAUGAUUUAUACAUACUCCGGAUUGUUUUGUGUGGUUGUAAACCCAUACAAGCGUCUGCCGAUAUAUGAUGAAGAGAUAGUUGAGUGGUAUAAAGGGAAGAAACGUCAUGAAAGACCACCACAUAUAUUCGCUAUUGCUGACGGAGCUUACCGUAGCAUGCUUCAAGAUCGUGAGGAUCAGUCCAUUUUGUGCACCGGUGAAUCUGGAUCCGGAAAAACUGAAAAUACUAAGAAAGUAAUACAAUACCUCGCAUCUGUGGCCACGUCUGCAAAACAUCAGAAAACGUCAGCCAGAAAUGUCUUGUCCAAAAUAAACACGAAAGAUUUUAAUAUCGGUGAACUUGAAGCACAACUGUUGAAAGCAAAUCCUAUUUUGGAAGCGUUUGGAAAUGCCAAAACAAUCAAAAAUGACAAUUCUUCACGUUUUGGCAAAUUCAUUCGUAUCAAUUUUGACACAUCUGGAUUCAUUGCUGGAGCUAAUAUUGAAACAUAUCUUUUAGAGAAAGCUCGUGUUAUUCGUCAAGCACCGGAUGAACGCAGUUUCCAUAUAUUUUACCAACUUUUGGCUUCAGCUACUCCAGCAAUGCAGCAACAAUUAUUAUUAAAUCACGCCAGCGCCUAUCGUUUCCUUUCAAAUGGUAUGAUUGAACUGCCUGGAAUCGAUGAGCAACAAUUCUUCCGUGAAACAACCGAAGCUAUGGAUAUAAUGGGAAUUAACAAUGAAGACCAAAAUGCUAUAUUCCGCGUGAUCUCUGCCGUACUUCACCUGGGAAACUUGGAGUUUCGUCAGGAGCGAAAUUCUGACCAAGCGACUCUACCAGAUCAUUCAGUCGCCGAAAAGGUAUCCCAUCUUCUGGGUAUCUCUCUGAAUGAUAUGGUCAAAGCGUUUUUGAAACCGCGUAUUAAGGUUGGUAAAGAUCUUGUAUCAAAGGCUCAGACUAAAACACAAGUUGAGUUCGCCGUUGAAGCGAUAUCAAAAUCUAUCUACGAAAGGCUCUUUCUUUGGUUAGUCGCACGAAUCAAUAAAACACUUGACAAAACUAGACGACCGGGUGCAUCGUUUGUUGGGAUUCUGGAUAUUGCUGGUUUUGAAAUUUUCCAAACGAAUUCUUUUGAACAACUAUGCAUCAAUUAUACGAACGAAAAACUGCAACAACUAUUCAACCAUACUAUGUUUAUCUUAGAACAAGAUGAGUACACUCGCGAAGGCAUACCUUGGGAAUUUAUAGACUUUGGACUCGAUUUACAACCUACAAUCGAUCUAAUCGAACGCCCUAUGGGAAUCUUCGCCUUGUUGGAUGAAGAAUGCUUCUUCCCCAAGGGAACUGAUAAAUCCUUUGUUGAGAAACUCAUCAAAUCUCAGGAUAAGCAUCAAAAGCUGUGUAAAACAGAGUUUCGAUCUAACGCUGAUUUUGGUGUUAAUCAUUACGCCGGUCGAGUUGAAUAUAAUUCAAAUCAAUGGUUAAUGAAAAAUAUGGAUCCGCUCAACGACAGUGUAGUCGCACUGCUUCAAGCAUCAAAUGAUCCAUUUGUUCAGGCUAUGUGGAAAGAUGCAGAAAUUGUAAGCAUGUCAGCCACUACUACGACUGACACUGCUUUCGGUUCUGCUCGUACUGUGAGGAGAGGAAUGUUCCGUACUGUAAGUCAACUCUACAAAGAUUCACUUUUACGCUUGAUGACUGUAUUGAAAAACACAUCACCCAACUUUGUCCGUUGCAUUAUUCCAAAUCACGAAAAAAAACCUGGUCGAAUUGAUGGUCCUUUGGUAUUGGAACAACUUAGAUGUAAUGGCGUGCUGGAGGGGAUAAGAAUUUGUCGUCGUGGCUUCCCAUCACGUAUCCUCUUCCAGGAAUUCAGGCAAAGAUAUGAAAUUUUGACUCCAAAUGUUAUCCCAAAGGGUUUUAUGGAUGGUCGUAAUGCUGUUAUCGAGAUGUUGAAGGCUCUGGACUUGAGUCCUGAUGUCUACUGCAUCGGUCAUAGUAAAAUCUUUUUCAAAGUUGGUGUUCUCGCGCAGUUAGAAGAAGAUCGUGAUAUACAUUUGACUAACUCUAUCAUUAAAUUCCAAGCAUAUGCUCGUGGUUAUCUAGCCCGACGAGCUAAAGAACAACGCAUACAGAAUAUUCAAGCUAGCAAAAUAAUCCAGAGGAAUUGUGAUGCUUACCUUAAACUGAGAAAUUGGGCUUGGUGGCGUUUGUUUACAAAAGUUCGACCUCUUCUUACUGUUACUCGCCAAGAGGAUUUGGUUGCCCUAAAAGAAGAAGAGCUUCGAAAGAUUCGAGAACAGAUGGAAAAGGUUGUAAAUGAUCUUAGUGAAUUGCAAAGAUCUUAUGAAAAGUUAAGUAAUGAGAAGGCUCAGCUAAACGCUGAAUUACAACAAGAACAUGAUUCAAACCAAAAUUUACAGACGGAGCGUGAUCGUUUACGCGAAAAAUUACAAGCUUUAGAAGAGGACUAUAUGGAACUUGAAAAUAAGGACAACGAAGAAAAAUCAAAGUUGCAUAAUCUGGAAGCUGAACAAAAACGUCUGUUGGAACAGAUAUCAGAUUUAUCGGAUCAGUUGGAGUUAGAAGAACAACAACGCCAAAAGUUACAAGUUGAAAAGACAUCUAUCGAACAAAAAGUUUCUCAGCUUAACGAUGGCUAUGUUAGCAUUGAAGACAAAUAUAAUAAACUUGUUAAAGAUAAACGGCAAUUAGCUGAUCGAAUAGAUUCUUUAACUAGUCAGUUAGCAGAAGAAGAGGAGCGAAGUAAACAAUUGACUAAACUUAAAACCAAACAUGAAAGUAGUCUUACUGAACUUCAAGAUAAACUUAUCCGUGAACAAAAAUCUCGUCAAGAUAUUGAAAUGGCAAAACGACGACUUGAGACCGAAGCUUCUGAACGUUUAGACCAGGCAUCGGAAUAUUCAAGGAUUAUGGAGGAACUCCGUGCAACAGUGGCUAAACUCGAGGCAGAAGUUGCUCAAUUACAAAAUCGAUUAGAUGAAGAGAUUGUUGCUAAGACUAUGGCGCAAAAAAGAAUUCGGGAAUGUGAAUCACAUAUUCAAGAACUCAAAGAAGACUUAGAUACUGAAAGAAUGGCUCGUGACAAAGCUGAUGAGGCUAAAAGAGAUCUGACGGAAGAGGUUGAGGCAAUGAGAUUAGAACUCAUUGACAGUGGGACAAACAGCGAAGCACAAACUCAAGCACUCCGAAAAUAUGAAUCUGAUCUAUCCAGCCUACGCCAUCAGCUUGAAGCUCAAUCAAAUGCCCAUGAAGCUACCAUUCAAGAUAUGCGUAAAGCUCAUGCUGUAACGCUCGAAACAUUAAACGACCAAAUCGAGCAACUAAAAAAAAGUAAAGUUUCCUUAGAAAGAUCGAAAGUUCAACAAGAUUCAAAAACUGACGAAUUACAGAAACAGCUUCAAAGCCUUAAACAAGACAAAAUGGAAAUGGACAAACGUCGUCGUCAAAUUGAACAGCAAUUAAACGAAAGUCUAGUCAAAAUUCAAGAAACCGAAAUGCAGCGUAAUGAUUUGGAAUCCAGGCUCACUAAAGCAUUAAAUGAAAUCGAAGGAUUAAAUAAUGCAAUGGAAGAAACUGAAACUAAAUUAAGCAAGGUUACACGCUCUGAAACCUCUGCACAAUCAGAGCUCAACCAUUUACGCGCACGGUUGGAAGAAGAAACUCAAGCAAAAUUAAGCUUACAGUUACAGUUACGUCAAGUAGAGGAUGAACGUGAAACAGUAAAAGAUUCAUUGGAUGCUGAGGAACAAGCUAAAACUGCUUUAGAAAAACAUAUUUUAGCACUUACUACCCAGAUGCAAGAUGCGAAGAAAAAAGUGGAAGAAGAUACACACCACUUAGAAACUUUGGAAGAUGCACGUAAAAAGCUUCAACGUGAAUUGGAUGAUACACGAAAUCGUAAUGAAGAACUUGUUUCCCAAGUUGAAAAGUUGGAGAAGUCACGCAAGAAAUUACAAAGUGAGCUUGAAGAUAUGAAUCAUGUUAUGGCUAGUCAACGAUCCGACCAGGCUAAUAAUGAACGUCGAAUCAAGAAAUUAGAGUCAACUCACGCAGAAACUGUCAACCAACUUAAUAGUUUUCAGGCUCAAAAAGAUGCAUUUUAUCAAGAAAUGCUCGAGAAAGAUACAAAGUUAUUCACACAAAAGAAUGAAAUGGAGAAGCUUAAAGAACAGUUAGAAGAGUCUGAGCGUCAGCGUUCACUACUCGCUCGUGAAUUAGAAGAAAUUGGUUCUCAUGGUGAUGACGCUGGAAAGAGCUUAGUAGGAUUAGAACAAGCCAACUAUCGUCUAAAUGAACGACUGAAAGAAACUCAACAGCAAAUAGAAGAGUUGGAAGAUGAAAUUUCUACAUUUACCAUGGAGAAACAACGUGCUGAGGUUCAGAUGAAUGCUGUUCGCACUCAACUAGAAAGAGAAUUGGCGUCUCGUGAUGACCUGCUUGAAGAACAAAGACGUCAGUCUCUUAAACGUAUCAGAGAACUUGAAACUGAAUUGGAAGAAGAACAGAGAGAACGCGCUAGUCAUCUUAAUGUUCGCAAAAAAUUGGAAACUGAUCUAGCAGACAUUAGUCAACGCCUUGAACUGGCUAAUCGUCAAAAAGACGAAGCUGUAAAACAAUUGAAAAAGUUCCAAAGUGUUACUGGUGGCAUUCAACGUGAACUUGAAGAUGCUGCUCGUGCUCGUGAUCAGGCCAUAGAUUCUUCACGAGAUUUAGACAAGAAAUAUCGUAUGCUGGAUGCAGAUAAAGCUAGACUUCAAGAAGAUUUGGGCUUAAGUGAAAGAACUUGUCGUAGUCUAAAGAGUGAUCUGAAUGAAGCUUUGGAGGAAUUAUCUGCGGCAAAUAAUGCCAAAACUUUGGCACUAGAAGAAAAGAAGCGUUUAGAAGCUCGUAUUACUGCCUUAGAGGAUCAACUGGAAGAAAUACAAAGUGCCAUGGACGCUACUGAAGAACGCCACAAACGAACGUAUGGUCAAAUGGAACAAGCUCAGACAGAUUUAAGUAUUGAAAAAAAUAAUUUCUUGCGUUCUGAGUGUCAGAGAGUCUCUCUUGAAAAACAGGUGAAAGAACUACGUGAUAGAUUAGUUGAAGCCGAAAAGGAAGGAGGACGUCGCGGCAAAGCUCAAAUUGCAACAUUAGAGGCUCGUUUGACAACCUUAGAUGAACAACUAGAAGCAGAAAAAUUAGAAAAAUUAAACGCAAAUAAGAAUUUCCGUCGAGCUGAAAAGAAAUGCAAAGAUCUCAUGCUUCAAAAUGAAGAUUUGAAACGAUGUGCGGAAGCAUUGAAAGAAUCUUUUGAAAAAGCGCAAUCUUCAUGUAAACAAAAUAAACGAGAGAUAGCAGGUCUUGAAGAAGAGAACGCUCGAAUCAAUGCGAGAUGUCGCCGCCUACAAAGAGAUUUAGAAGAAGUGAUGGAAGCUAAACGAAUCAUUGAACGAGAUUUACAAAAUCUUCGUAAACUUAGCCGACCAUCUCGUGUUUAUGAACUUUCUAUUCCUGAGACUGUUAUAUCAUCUCCAAAUGGUUCACAUGUUUCAGAUGAUGAGUGAUAAUCAUCUGGGAUUUUUGCUAUCAUUACAUAUAUAUAUAUAUAUAUAUAUAUAUAUUCUUCUUUUUUUUAACAUAACUAUUUGCAGUAAAUAUAUAUAUAUAUAUAUGAAAUAAUGAUGGAUAUGCUGUCCGUGUAGUACUCGGUCACCGGUGCUGCUUAUAUUAUAUCUAUCUAAAAAUCUAUUAUUAAUUUUUUUUUUACAAAUCUGCCCAUUUUCCCCACUCCAUUGUUUGUCGUUUGUUUCUGCUAAGAUAAUUAUUGAAAGCUUGACAGGCAAUAAUCUGGAUUUUAUUUUCUACUAGAAGCUUUUUUUUAUAUAUUGACAUAUAUACUUGUGACCAACCAAUUAUUCUGAUGAACAAAUUGAAUCUAUUCAAUUUUAGCGUCAAUAUUUUUUUUCUCAAUGCUAUCAAAUGAAACAUUGUUCACUGCAUGUAACCAAUACAAAAACAAAUACAUUAUUGAUAUGGUGUACUAUUUUAUUCUUUCAUUCGAAUGAAUAAAAAAAACACACAUAAAAGAGCCAUUAUCCAUUUCUACUUGAUGUGUUGUUGUUAUUGUUGUUGUUUUCUUUUUUUACUGUUAACAAUUCGAUUGUUCAUGCCUAUCCAGAUUAUCAUAUUCUGUCAACACAAUAUCAACUGUAUUAUUCACGUAUAAUGUUUUUAUGGCUGAAAAUUUUUCUUAUAUUUUAAUUCGCAAAUAAACAACUGAACUUUAUUAUGAAUUGCAGUUUCAUGCUUGUUAAUCACAUCGUCUUCCUCUAUUAACUGUAUUAUUAUUAUUAUUAAUACAAAAAGCUUAUCCUUUUCUGCUUAUUUGUUUCAGGUUUAAAAUUUUCCUCUUUUAUCAUCGAUUUUUAGUUCACAUACAUUUUUAAUGCUUAUUGUAUCAAUAAAGUACGAGUGAAGCAAAUGUUUUUUGAAGAAAAAUUAAAUUUACUAGAUUUGUGUUUUUGCAUUAGAAAAAAAAUGGAAGAGGGGGAUGUUUGUGCGGUAGUAAGUAAAUAGCAUUACUUUCAUACCAUGAUCAACGUGUAAAGCUCUUAAGCAUCUUUGUUAUGAAGCCUACUAGUUUUCAUCUGUUCGAGAAUUCGUAUUAGAAAAAAAACGCCUCUCUCGAGUUGAAUAUAUUGUUUGGUGGUUUUAUAGGAUUUUUUGGUGUCAGCUCAAUUCCACAUACAUAAAUGACGUCUCAUUAAGGUGCUUUCUUCUAGUAAUCAAGUUCCAUUGACGUUUUGUGUUUUUGUUUUACUGUUGUUAUGUUGUCUUUUUGUGCUUUUUACUUUUCUUUGGUGAUUGGUAUUCCAUUUUUUGCUUAAUUCAUAUAGAAAAACGGAUUGCAUGAUAUUUUUUUCUCUCUGUGUGUAUGUGUAGUAUACAAAUUAUUCGUCAUUAUCAACGUAAAAAUUUGAAUUUUUCUUGUGUUCUAGUGUUUAUUGUUAUUGUUGUUGCAGUUCCAUGUUUGUAUUGACAAUUAUUCAACUUACGUUUUAAUUAUUGUUAUGUUCUUCAUUUCUCCUAUUAUAGAUGUGCACCUCGUCCUAAUCGUCAGUUGCCAGCGGUACUUUCCACACGUUCAUCUGAUUCUACUCUGGAUGAAAACAAUUCAAUAAAUGAGUUGGAUUCUAUGACCAGUGAUUUUGGUAGCAGUGGACCAGCUGUUACCCAUUCUAAUAAUAACAGUAAUGCUUCUACACCUUCGGCUAAUGAAAAAUGAACGGUUUUUUUUACUAUUGUCUCCAAACUGACAUAAUUAUCACUGUGAAAGGCUUCUUUUCCUUUUCUAUUUUUAGCCUAUUCUGGGCUGUAACACGAUUUGCACUAACAGUUAUAUGUACUAUCUUUGCUGUACUGUUACUGUGCCUGGUGUAUUUUGGUUUUUGUCACUAUGUUACUUUUUGCUAAUUCAACCUCAGUUUACUUGCCGUCUAAAGAUAUAUACUUAUAAGUUGUUUUAAUUCUCUACUAAUUCACGCUACGAGUACUGUUGUUAUGACGAUUAUAAAUGCUUUAUGGGUCGGAAGAAUUUUCAUUCCUUUGCACCAAGGCGCGUCACUGAAACUCCGAACCUCCGGUUUUUUUUAAAGAAAUCUUUUUCUAACUUCGCUGGUUUUUUAAUGAUUCAGACUGAAUUUUCAAAACAACAUCUUUUCCCUUUGCUCCAUAUGUAAACCAAUUUCUAAACUAGCAACAUAAUUAUUAUUGUCUGUUUAGUUCUGGUUUACAUUUCGGACCUUAUCAGCAGUCAUAUAAAUCACUCUGAAGUAUGACACUCACUACUUUCCUUAAGAUAUGUUCUCUUUUUGUGAGAGUUUUUGAAAUCUAUGCCGCUUGCCUGCUUUCUACGCAAAAAACUAAUUUAAAUUUGAUAUAAUGUUUUCCAUCUUGAGAUGCCUUUCUUUUUAAAAAUUAUACUUUU